UCAAAACAAACCAUUAUAGAUUGCAAUGGGUGAAACAACAACAAAUACGGAGUUCAAAUAAUUUACAAUAUUUUUUCUCGAUUCAUCUUUUAAAUACCAGGUAGAAAAUAAAACGCAAAAACGAAACAAAAAACCAUAACAAAAAUAAAGAAAAUCAACAAUACUAUAGACUGACUGACUGCAUUUGUAGAGGAUAGCAGGAAAAACAACUAAAACGGCUGCUGCACUUCACAAUGGUAACUACAAAAGAAAUUUCUAUGCAAGAAGGUCCCCGACUAUUGGAUCUGAACGACGACUGUUUGGAAUUGAUAUUAAAACGUCUAAAUAUCGUGGAACAAUUUCAGAUUUCCAAAUUACACACUAGAUUCAAAAAUAUCAUACAGUCUUUGUGGAGGGCCAAGUUGAAAAAUGUUAUCAUUUAUGGGGAGAUACUUGAAGAUAUCAGUGAUCAGACAAUCAUCGAUUUUAUGUCGGAAGUGUCAGUAUUUAUGGACAGUCUUUUAAUGAGACACUGCGAUAUUCGGGUCUUGCGCUUAUUAUGUGAUCAGACAUUUCCCCGUACACAAACGUUCAACUGGAUGGGUGUGUCCGCUAAUACAGUGAAAGAUGAAGAGGAUUUGGAUGAUGCAGAGCAAGACCAAGAACAGCAAUUUAUAGAUGAAGAUGUCAAUAUGUUGGUAAACAUGUUCCCCAAUUUGAAGAUACUAAAAUUGAGAGCCUGUCAAAUAACUGGCAAACAUUUAUCCCAAUUGAGUUCAUUGCGUCAGUUGUCGCUGGACGAAUGUCAAUACUUAGAUUCGGAUAACUUUCGAGAUGUUUUUCAAGAAUUAAAGUUACGCAAAUUUGAUAUAAUGGAAGAUUGUGAUGAAAUCAAUUGCUGUGAUCUAAUAGAGCUAAAGAAAUGCCCCUCUUUAGAACAUAUCAAAAUAGCCGACUAUCAUUUAUGUUUCGACACGGACAUAGUCAAUGAUAUUUUGCGCAUGCCCAGACUGAAAAAACUGUCGAUAUUCUCAAAGAAUUUUGUCUUUGAUAUUUUGGAGAGAAUCUCUAGGUCCAGUUUAAAACAAAUUGAAGCAUUUAAGUUCAAUGGUGUUUUACACAACUUUGAAAGAUUCUUUCGGGAAUUGACACACAUGAGGGAGUUGAAGAAAUUAUCAUUCUACGAGUGUCGUGGCUACGAUAUAGAAGGCAUACGUGACCAUAUGUUAAGUCAGAUAAGUAAACAGUUGUCCAAUUUAGAGGAGAUCCAUUUGUGUUCUUGUGACUUGGAGAGCGAGAACGGUGUGUUAAGCUUUUUACAAAAUUGUCGUCAAUUACGAGUGAUUAAUUUGACAAGUACUCACAAAUGUUUUAAUGCCGCCACGAUUUGGCGUUGUAUGGAUUUAUUGAAGAAACAAAAGUGGCGAACUACUGCCUUGGAAUUGUGGCUAAAGGAUACCGACGUGGAUAAAAGUAUAUUGGAGGAUCCUCGUUAUAUGUACAACAAUCGGUUUUUGAAAUUGGAUUUUAAAUCAUUCGUAGUUGAUUCAAAUCCACCUGGUGUAUUGAAAUUUACUUUUACCACAUAAGUUUUGUAUCUAAUUAAACAUUAGUGUUUAUAUUUGCUUAAAUAAAUACGUAUUUAAAAUUAAUUUAUUUUAAAAAAUAAACUUUUUCAAAAAACUAUGCUUAAAUUUAGUUAUACCAUACUAUUAAAUAAAACAAAAUUAAAAACUUA